AUGUCGCAACCUGCGGAUCUCACAGACUCGGGAAUUGUUAUGGCAGAGCAGAGCAGCCACGAUGUGGUAAAUCAGACCCUGUCGGGCGGCGAGCCUUCGCCUUCCGACGUUCCUGCGAGCACCAAAGACAAGAUAUCUGCUGGAGGGGACGUGGGGGAGACUCAACAUACCACCGCAACAACACAGACGACGACGGAAACGAACGAUCCACAAAACCAACCAGAGCCCAGUGCUUCCGACUCAUCACUCACGAAGAAUGAGACAGAAAACGAUUCUGAACGACCAUCGACAGAAAAGGAUACCUCAAAGCAGGGGCCCGGGCCAGUCGCUUCGCGAGCACUCGAAAUGAACGGAGUAGCCUCGGUGUCGGAUGCAGGAGAGGAUACGGCUUCUCAGGGUGGCUCGGAGUCGGAUGCCAGUCGAACAGACGGUAAGCGUGCAGGCUCGAAGAAGCCAACAACGUUCAAACCGGUUUCUUUCGCCAAAUUUUCCGUGCCAAAAGCUCCGGGAGCGCUUACUACAGCUAAGCCGUCUGAUAAAGCCCCCUCGUCUUUGACUACGCCGUUGGGCGGGCCAUUACAGAGCUCUCGCCCGCGCUUGGUGGCCAAGACGACCAGCAGCCUUCGUGACUCGCUCUCAAAGUCGGGAACAGGUGCAGGCAAGGCAGGUGGGGGUGGACCUGAUCCAAAUCAGGUCUGGAACAAGAACAGACCCGUGCAACCUACGCCACCAAAGCAUUUGACAGAUGAAGAACUGAAGCAGCAAUACGGAAUUCACAUGACUUCUCGCAUACAAGAAGAUGGUGGUGGGACCGAGGCGAAAUGGGCCGAUAUCGAUGACGACGAAGAUGACUGGGCUCCUGAGACGAUCGAAUGGACUGACGGCACCAAGACGAGCCUUACUACUCAUGCGGAGGCAGUACACACUUCCGGCCAAGAUACUAAGACGGCGAACGAAGCGAAGGUCGAUGUUCCUGCACCAGAGCAAGUCCCUGCCGUUAAAGAAGUGCCCAAAAUCGUCACGAAGUCUACAACAACUAUCGGACCCAAUCCUACCGUUCUCAGGCUUGGCGCAAAUGCGGAAAGGCAGGCGAAGGGCGCAACCAUCUUGUCGAAAGGACCACAUGACAAGGCGUCGUUGGCGUCCACAAGUCCAGCACCUCCAUCUAAAUCACCUUGGGCCCCACUGCCGCCAAUGGAAAAGGUAUCACCGGUUAUGCCGCCUGUUCAAAUUCAACCUCCCGGACGUGUUCCUGUCAAAGAACACCAAGUUACCGAACCUUCCACCGGAAUUGUCCACCCAAAGGAGAUUGCGGCGGAUGACUUCAAUCGGUCGUGGAAAGACACACACGCUGGAACAACUCGUGAAUUGUACAACUCUAGAUCGGGUCGCUAUGAGCCUGUACCAGAGGUUAGGAAAGCACCGUGGCGAGCUGAGCAGCAAGGCUUCCGCCCUUCUUCACUAUUACAGCGGCCGACACCAGGUGAGCAGGCAGGACCUGCGGAGCCUUCUCCAGCAUUUCAAACUCAUCGGACAAGUGGCCAAGAUGCCGGGCAUUGGACGCGUCGGCGAACUUCAUCCAACGUCAGCGGAGGAAGUGGAGGCUUUGGACGUCGGAUGUCGAUCGGUCGCCCUGAUGGGCCGCAGAGAACGUUUGAAGCAAGAAGGGGCUCGCAGGUCAAUGGAAUCAUAGACCCGUCCCUUGCGAACAAAGAGUCGGUGCAUCUGAAGGAUGCAUUUAUUCACGAGGCUUCCUCUGCCCGCCAUCCUCCAGGUCCAACAUGGCCUCCACGAGCAGCUGCGGGUGCGCCUGACGCGUCUCAGCCAUCAGUGCCCUCAGCUCCAGAAGCUCAGGAUGCUACAGCGCAAGCKGCGAAGGAAGAUCCCGUCGCGAUGCAGGAACGUAUUAUGAAGGAAAAGCGACUUGAAGCUCGGCAGCGCAGGCUAGAGCAAGAAGAGAAAGAGGAAGCUGCAAAACGUGAAAGAAUUCGACAGAAGUUGGAGGCCCUGGGUCCACCGCCCGAGAAACCAAAAUCCAAACCCAGGGACUCUCUGGAAGGUGAUAAAGCUGAAGCCAAGGCGUCCCUCACGCAAGCAGCACAAUCCCCUCCUAAACCCCCGGUACCGGAACCAACUGGUGAACCGAAGCAAUACGGGAUGAUGAAAGUCCAUCAUCCCGACACCGUCAAAAAGCUCGUCGCCGCGAAUGAAAAAGAGAGAGCUGCUGAGCGGUCGGCUCCCACGGUCAAUGCUCGGCGUCCUACUUCGCCCGCUCGCGAUCUUAAACUCGAGGCUACUACAGGACCUCAGGAGCCUAGCGAUUUCCGGCAGUCCCGUCUUUCUGAGAAAUUGCCCGAAUCAACAAUUGAAGAGUCGAGUUCCCAAUGGAAGAGUAAUCUUGGGGCUUCGAGCUCAUAUUCCCCUUGGUCUUCGAAUACUAAACUAGGAGCUGCCUCUUCUGCUAUUGCGAAUCCUUGGAAGCCUCUCAGCAACGAUAAGACCCUGGGUAAUGGCAUAUUUGAUCAAACCCUCGGGGGCUUUCCAUCGAGAGACAUCUCCCUUCGUGGUCCUCUCGGCCUCGACCAACCUCCAAUCUCUUCUGGCCCACAACCGUUUUCUGCCCCCUCUCGACCCCAACAGGAGCCUACGUCAAUCUCUCCGUUGCCUUCUACCGAUGUUCGACAUGCGCAGUACGACUCUAUGACCACGGUUGUCCGACCAGGGCCAAUCGGGCCUCCAAGUGUACACCAGCCUCAUUGGCAACAGGAAUCACGUGUCACCGGUACUACCGGUUGGAAUAAUUUCCACGCAGUUGCUGCUAAACGUGAAGCGGAAGAGAAUGAGAAGCUCCUAAAUGAGAUGAACACAAUGCGUGAUAGCCAGCCUUUGCAUGUCACAUUCAAUGAAACAUGGCGACAGGUUCGUACUGGCGACCAGAGUGGACAGAGGCAGGUUGUUGGCAUUCAUAGAUCAACCGACACGUCAAGUUCGAUCUCCAACCAUCUGCCUGGUUUCGAUCAUCCUGUCGCGACUCUACCCUUCGCUGAGCCUCAUGCUCGUCCACUGAGUAGUGUGCCAGUUCGCAGUUCUCGAUUCUUCCCUCAGGCCACGGAGCAAUAUAAACGGCCAGCCUUUGAGGAAGAUGAGCAUUUCCGAAGCCCGUCUCCACCACCGCCAGAGGAACUAUCGAGUCAUCCAGUAUAUAUGAGUGAUUCUACCCGACCUUUGGUCCACCUUCCCGCCCCUAAGCCGAUUGUCAAACUUCCCCCAAAAAUCGUUGCACCACCGCCACCUCCGACAUUUGCUUCUAUGGUUGCUGCUCCCCCUCGCGUCCCAGCUCAAGCUCAACCCGUCUCAACCGCAACCUCCUGGCAGGAGAAGAUCAACUGUCUUUUCGGCAAGAAGACGGUACAUGAGAAGAAGAAUGCUUUGGCAGUCACGUCAGCAUCGAAAGAACCUCUCGAUGUCCAGCUGCAUAUUGCCGCAGUGUCUGUAUCUCUCCCCCAAUUUGCUGAGAAUAUGACUCAAGUUGGCGACGGAAUAGCCAGCGCCAAGCAAGUCGAAGAGGCCGAGGAGAUCUUUGAGGAUCGCGAAGCAGGUUCUUUACCUGUUGUUCGAGUUCCCAAUGCUGCACCUCCAGCAGCUUGGCAUGCUGCUCCAGCACCCUCGCAAUCCCGGUUACGGUUCAAGAGUCUCAAGCCGAUGCAAAUUCACAGCAUCGAGCCUUAUCUUCUGAGCCUCAGUGACAGGGAUUCAUCUGGCAAUUUUCGGGUGUCCAUCCGCUUCCCCGGCGCUAUCGCUGCGAAAACCGUGACUCUUCCAAAGAAGGCAGGGAGUCAUAAUCCUCGACAGCGCGGGCCCUCCACCUUCAAACCACGAAAGAAUACAAAAGCUCGGGAAGGACCUGGAAACUCUAAUACCAAGAAGACAACCACUGCGCAGCAGAACGGCAGCAGCGGCUCUUCGCCCCGGCAUCAACCGCGGAAUACAGCGUGGGCAGCGCGCACAAUUAGCGGAUCUCACUAA